UACAACAGCCUUAUGUAUUAGUGAGCCCCACCAAUUCUUAUCGAGCAUCUUAUCGAAUGGACUACCGAGGAGUAGCUGAGCUUUAGCUGCACGGUACCUAAGGUACGAACCUCCGAUCGAAGCAAGGGCAGCUGUUUGGCGGUAUCUUUACUUGUCAGCCUCGUACCUUCGGACAAGAGAAUCUAGGUACAUACAACAAUUUUACAAUUCAUUCACCUUUUCGUACCGCAAAUUAGAUAAAACGCACAUCUUCCAAAUUCCUCCAAUUAAUUGAACUAUAUUCAUCAUUCUAAUCCUAUAGGCAAAACCCCCCAAUCCAAAAGACUAUCUUCGAUACGCGAUCAUCCACAAUAACUUUAACAUGCGAUACGCUGGCUCUCUAUAAAUACCAAAGCUGCGUACUCCAAUAACAUGGCGCCGUCAGCGAUCAACCUUCCGGCGCUUCCUGUGCGACAGGAAAAGACUUAUCCCCCGGCUCGAAUUUACAAUGUAAAGGAAACCAAGUUCGAGAAGCCUACUUCUCCCCAACCAGAUGGUCGCGAGGAGGCUUUAGGAAAACCUCCUGGCAGCGUAGCCAUCGUCAUCGACAAUGGCUCAUCCGCCGUCAGAGCUGGGUGGUCGUUCGAGUCGAAGCCGAGAUUCAGUAUCCCACCUAUCAUGGCCAAGUAUAGAGAUAGAAAGCUGGGCAAGACCUAUUCGUUCGCUGGCUACGAUUGUUACUCCGACACGACCGCUCGAGGGCAUAUCAGAAACGCUUUUGAAGCUGGAACUGGCAUCGUCAGCAACUGGGAUGUAGAAGAACACGUACUCGACUGGACCUUUCUAAAGCUGGGCAUGAACAACGCCGACGGAGCUGUCGACCUACCCAUUGUCAUGACUGAGGCAGUAGCAAAUUUGCCCUAUUCGCGAAAAUCUAUGAACGAAAUCAUAUUUGAAUGUUACCAGGCCCCUUCACUAGCCACGGGCAUCGACUCUCUCUUUUCCUAUCGCUACAAUAAGGGACAGACGGGAUUGGUUGUCUCUUCCUCUUAUAGCUCUACGCAUGUCAUUCCCGUUUUCGACUCGAAAGCCAUGCUAGCUCAGGCUAUACGACUCAAUUGGGGAGGAUGGCACGCCGCGGAAUACUUACUCAAACUCAUUCGUCUUAAAUACCCGUCAUUCCCAGGGAAGCUCAACGCAUCACAGACUGAGCAUAUGAUAAGGGAUCACUGUUAUAUAUCUAAAUCAUAUGACGACGAACUACGGUCGUACCUAGAUUGGACAGGAUUAGAAGACCGGGAUAUUGUGAUCCAGUACCCGUUUACAGAAGAGGUGAUAGUCCAGAAGAGUGAGGAAGAGCUCGCUCGGAUAGCUGAGCGAAAGAAAGAGAGCGGGCGACGGUUGCAGGAACAAGCAGCUAAAAUGCGCCUAGAGAAACUAAUGCAAAAGGAGCAGGAACUAGAAUAUUACAAGAAGCUACAGGAGAAGAUUAAUGAUUCAAAUAAGAAGGAUACAAAACGCCUUCUUGAUGCAGAAGAUAUGAAAGAUGAGCAACAACUUGAACGCACUAUCAAGGAAUUAGACAAGUCGGUCAAGCGCGCCCGGACGAAGGAUGUGGGUGGCGAUCCUGAGGAAGAGCAGGAAGCACCUGACUUCAGCCUUCUCGAAGUACCCGAUGACCAGCUUGACGAAGCUGGUCUAAAGGCGAAACGACACCAGCGACUUCUGAAAUCUAAUCACGAAGCACGAGCGCGUGCUAAAGCCGAGAAGGAAGCCGAAAAGGCGCGCGUUGUAGAGGAAGAGCGGGCAGACAGAGAACGCCGCGAGAACGAUCUAGAGGGAUGGCUAGAAGAGAAACGCGUGGCCCGAAAUCUUACGUUGCAGAAGAUGAAGGAGCGGGAUCGCCUAAAGGCUGACCUGGGAAACCGCAAAUCCUUAGCUUCUCAAAUCCGUAUGAAGUCAAUUGCAAAUCUAGCUUCAGACAAUCCUCGAGGGAAGCGCCGACGCGGUAACGACGACGAUAACUUCGGCGCGAACGAUGACGACUGGGGCGUGUACAGGCAAAUUCAGGUGGGCGAAGGCGGUAGUGAUGACGAAGAGGGUGAAGAGGAUCUUGAAGGAACUCUUAAGACGCUCGAAGAAGACCUGCUUCGCUACGAUGAGGGAUUCACACAUGAACACACGUGGGAAGCGCAGAACGAUUGGAACAAAAGUCUUCUGCACGCGUUUAUGCGCGGACCGCGACCUUUCAAUCCUUCCUCCCAGGCAGAAAUCCACCAGAUACAUCUCAACGUCGAGCGUAUACGAGUACCGGAGGUUGUCUUCCAGCCCUCCAUCGCUGGGGUCGACCAGGCGGGGCUUGUCGAGAUCGCGGGCGAUAUACUUACACAACGACUCGGGGGUAUACCAGGUCUAAAUCGCAAUGACUUCCUAAAUGACAUCUUCUUAACUGGUGGUAACACGCUCUUCGAGGGCUUUGACGACCGUCUCCGCCAGGGCUUAACCCCGUUGCUCCCCAUAAACUCGCCGCUUAAGAUUCGUCGCGCCGGCGACGCAAUACUUGACGCUUGGAAGGGUGCCGCUCAAUGGGUCGGAACACCCAGAUAAAGGUAUGUUUUGAUUAUCCUCUUUUCUUGUCACGACUUUUACUCCUUGUACUAUGACAGCUGUCAUAUGUAUACUUUACACAAUGCUGUAUGAAGUAAAGCAAUGAUCUAUGCUAUGUCGUCAGAAGUGCUUUACCUGUUCUACGUCGAUAGCACAAGUCGGGAAUACGAUCAGCAGACAGCUCUUAGCCACGAGUGUGGAUCUAAAUAACCAACACCACCCCAUCCCAUCCCAUCAGCGAUCAUCCCUACGAAGAUGUGUAUACAAUUAUCCCGUUCAGCUGAUAUAAUACCAUACGCUAACCCGUUUCCGCUUUGUCACAAAUUUAUAGGAGCACGAUAUGGGCAACUCU